AUGAGGGUAUGGGGUUCCGUGUACAUCCGCUGGGGAAGGACCACCUGUCCGAAUGACACAGAGACGUCACUCAUUUACGACGGCAUCGCUGGGGGAACAUUCUACACUCACAGAGGAGGAGGCGCCAACUACGUCUGCCUACCAAAGGAUCCUGAGUGGGGAGUCUUCACGGAUGGAAACCAGGAUACCGCGCACAUGCACGGCGCGGAGUAUGAACUCAGCCAUGGAAACAGCCCCUUCCAAGGCGCCUCUGUCCAUAACCACGACGUCCCAUGCGCUGUCUGCCACGUGGCGUCUCGCGGCUCCAAGCUGAUGAUCCCCGCCCGUCUCAGCUGCCCUAGCGGCUGGACCCGGGAGUACAAGGGGUACGUCAUGACCGAAAGCCUCAGCCAUUACCGCUCCGAGUUCGUCUGCAUGGACGGGGAGCCCGAGACCAGGCCCGGCGGACACGUGAACCACAACGGAGCUCUUUUCUACCCGGUAGAAGCAAGAUGCGGGUCCCUGCCGUGUCCCAACUACGUGCAGGGCCGUGAGCUGACCUGUGUGGUCUGCACCAAAUAAUUAUAAUGCUCGCGUCGUCAACGACACAGAUAGAAGAUUAGCAAAUUGGCAUUGAGGCUAAGGCAAA